GGCUGCUCAACAGCCUCUGUCCCAAGUAUGAGCUUUCUCAGAAACCCUUCCCUGAUUCUGACAUGAAUUCUGAUGCUUGCUGAACCCCAACUGCUGCCUUCCAGGAGCGGUACUCGGAGCCCUGAGGAGUCGCUGCUCAGGAGCAGCCAGCCCUUGAGUCCACCAUGAACUGGAGUGUCUUCGAGGGGCUGCUGAGCGGGGUCAACAAGUACUCCACAGCCUUUGGUCGCAUCUGGCUGUCUCUGGUCUUCAUCUUCCGAGUGCUGGUGUACCUGGUGACGGCCGAGCGUGUGUGGGGUGAUGACCAGAAGGAUUUCGACUGCAACACGAGGCAGCCCGGCUGUACCAACGUCUGCUAUGACCAGUUCUUCCCCGUGUCCCACGUGCGCCUCUGGGCCCUGCAGCUCAUCCUGGUCACGUGCCCCUCCCUGCUCGUGGUCAUGCACGUGGCCUAUCGCAAGGCUCGAGAGAAGAGGUACCAGGAAGAAGUUGGCAGUGGGCACCUUUACCAGAACCCUGGCAAGAAGCGGGGUGGGCUCUGGUGGACGUAUGUCUGCAGUCUGUUGUUCAAGGCCACCAUAGAUAUUAUCUUCCUCUACCUAUACCACGCGUUCUACCCCAGGUUUACCCUCCCUUACAUGGUCAAGUGCCACGAGACACCGUGUCCCAACACAGUGGACUGCUUCAUCGCCAAGCCCUCGGAGAAGAACAUCUUCAUCAUCUUCAUGUUGGUCACAGCCGUCAUCUGCAUCCUGCUCAACCUUGUAGAGCUGAUCUACCUGGUGAUGAAGCGGUUUUCUGAGUGCAUGCCACGGAGGAGAGCACUCGCUGAACACCCAGAGAAUGACCUCAAGUCUUCCAGCAAACAGAAGGACUUCCUCUCAAGCGACCUCAUCUUUCUGGGCUCAGACACUCACCCACCACUCUUACCGGAUCGCCCACGAGCCCACGUGAAGAAAACCAUUCUGUGA